AUGGAAGCGUAUCAAGCAACGCCGUUUGCCACCGAUAACUGGCACCAUUGGACGUGGAUGGCUGCUUCUGGUGUGCUUAGCUCCCCGAAAAAGGGUAAACAUUCUAAACAUCAACACUCCUUACCAAACUUCCGAAAUGCUAUGGCAUCUGAUUGGCUCUCGUGUUCCAGUAAGGAAGGUUGGGGUCCGUUGCUGGCUAAGUACAGUGAUUUGACUCCUUGUUUCGUUCAAGGAGUAAUGACGGGUUUAUGUGCAUUGUUUAUGGUGAUAUUUGGAACGUAUCAAAUCAUUACUCUUAGACAACGUAAACAAUCUUCAAAUAGAGUCAAUUGGGUGUUUUAUUCCAAAUUAACGUUAGUGUCUCUCCAAUUGAUCUUUCUGUUUGCUCUAAUUAUCCAUGAUUUAGGUGGUGCCAGUAUCAUUCAAUUGGCCUUAUUGUCGAAUUUUGUUGCUCAAUUGGUUGCCUUGGGGUUACAUUACAUUGAACAGUUCAAAGCAGAAAUCCCUAAUGGUAUACUUUUAUUCUAUUGGUUAUUCCAAGGUAUCAUAGGAUUUCUUACCUUCUUUAGUUUGAAGUUAAGAAACCAAUUAAACUCAACGGAAUCUCAUAUCGGUAUCUUGGCUACAGUUAAUGCCUUGCUUAUCUUGUUCUUGGAACUGUAUUUCCCCAUGAAAUCAUCCAAAUCUUAUAUCAAACAAUUGGAUGAGUCACCCUAUGAUAAAGCAGAUGUCUUUUCCCGUAUUACGUUUGCUUGGAUGGCUCCACUUAUGAAAAAGGGUUACGAACAGUUUCUUACUGAAGAUGACUUGCCUGCAUUGCCUAGGGCUUUACGUGCUGAAUCUACUUCAGAAAGGUUCUAUCAUUUUUGGAAUCGUCAAGCUGUCAAUCAUAAAUCUUUAGUUAAAGCUGUGGCCCAAGCAUUUGGGUCUCCAUUCAUAAUUGCUGGUGUUUUCAAAGGUCUGCAAGAUCUUUUGGGGUUUGUUCAACCUCAAUUGUUGAGAUUAUUGAUUCAAUUCGUUAAUGACUACGCCAACUCCCUUAAGGAAGGUGAACCUAUCACCUUGACGAGAGGAUUGAUGCUUUCUGUUGGUAUGUUUUUAGUGGGUCUCACUCAAACUGGAUUUUUACAUCAAUAUUUCCAAAGAGUCUUUGAUUUGGGUAUGAAGAUCAAGACUGCAUUGACUUCUGCUGUUUAUAAUAAGCUGUUGGUUUUGUCAAAUGAAUCCAAGCAAGAAUCUUCAACCGGUGAUAUUGUUAAUUUAAUGUCUGUGGAUGUUCAAAGAUUACAAGAUUUGGUUCAAAAUUUGCAAAUUGUUUGGUCAGGUCCCUUUCAAAUCAUUGUUUGUUUAUACUCUUUACAUGGGUUGGUAGGUAACUCAAUGUGGGCAGGGUUCUGUGUGAUGCUUAUUAUGAUUCCUAUCAAUGCUAUUAUGGCAAGAUACUUGAAGAACUUACAAAGAACUCAAAUGAAAUACAAGGAUGAAAGAUCUAGAUUAACCAGUGAAAUCUUGAACAAUAUUAAAUCUUUGAAAUUAUAUGGAUGGGAAACACCUUAUUUGGAACGUCUUCAACACGUUAGAAAUGAUAAAGAAUUGUCAAACUUGAAAAAAAUGUGUGUCCUUGGAGCUUUCACAUUCUUCUCCUGGAAUUUGGCUCCCUUUUUGGUUUCUUGUUCCACUUUUGCUUGUUAUAUUCUUUUUGAAAAGAAGAGUUUAACCACUGAUAUUGUUUUCCCAGCUUUGGCAUUGUUCAACAUGUUGUCUUUUCCCUUGGCAGUUAUCCCAAUGGUUAUUACUAACAUUGUAGAGGCUCAAGUGGCAGUUUCCAGAUUAACUAAAUUUUUAACUGCUGGUGAAUUACAAGAUGAUGCUGUAAUUAGACUUCCCAAAGCUACUAGAGAUGGAGAAACUGCUGUUUCCAUUAAAAAUGGUACUUUCUUAUGGUCAAAGUCCACUAAAGAUGAAAAUUAUAAGGUUGCCUUAUCCAAUAUUAAUUUGGAUUCCAAAAAGGGUGAAUUGGAUUGUAUUGUUGGUAAAGUCGGUUCUGGUAAAUCCCUGAUCAUCCAAGCUGCAUUGGGUGAUUUAUAUAAGUUGGAUGGUGAAGUCAAAAUCCGUGGGAAGGUUGCUUAUGUUGCUCAAGUUCCAUGGAUUAUGAAUGGAAGUGUUAAAGAGAAUGUUUUAUUUGGUCACAAGUAUGAUCCUGAAUAUUAUGAUAAGGUUAUGAAAGCUUGUGCUUUGAAUGUUGAUUUGAAAAUCUUACCUAAGGGAGAUCGUACUGAAGUUGGUGAAAAGGGUAUUUCACUUUCUGGUGGUCAAAAGGCAAGAUUGUCACUUGCUAGAGCUGUUUAUGCAAGAGCAGAUGUUUACCUUUUGGAUGAUCCAUUGAGUGCUGUUGAUGAACAUGUGGGUAGACAUUUGAUUGACCAUGUUUUGGGUCCUAAUGGUAUCUUGAAAUCCAAGUGUAAGGUGUUGGCAACAAAUAAUAUUGGUGUUCUUUCUUUGGCAAACAAUUUACUCAUGGUUAGCGAUGGUAGAUUGAUCGAACGUGGUACUUAUAGCGAGAUCAUGACUCAAGAGAACAGUAAAUUGUAUCAAUUGAUUAAAGAAUUUGGUAGAAAGCAAGUUGAAAAGCAACAGGAAGAAGGUAAGAAGGCUGAAGAUGAUCAAGAUGAAGAAGAAAAGGAUGCUGUUGAUCCUGAUAACUUGGAUUCCGACUGUGAUUUUGAUAUUCAAAGUUUGCGUAGAGCGUCAGAUGCUUCUAUCAAUGCUGAAACCAUGGAAUUACUUCGAGUUCAAUCUCAUGAUGAUGAAGCGAAGGCAAGAAAGGAACAUUUGGAACAAGGUAAGGUCAAAUGGUCUGUGUAUCUCGCUUAUGCUAAGGCCUGUAAUGAGCGUAAUGUUGGAAUCUUUUUCUUUACUACGGUAGUCAGUACCUUCCUCAGUGUUAUGGCUAACGUUUGGUUGAAACAUUGGUCUGAAAUCAACACCAGAAAAGGUUACAACCCUCAUGUUGGUAAGUAUUUGGGUAUCUAUUUCUUGUUGGGUAUUUGUUACUCUGCAUCCAGUUUGUUCCAGUCACUUUUCAUGAACAUUGUUUGCAGUAUCCGGGGAUCUAGAGUGUUGCACGAUAACAUGGCAUUACGAGUUUUGAGAGCACCAAUGACCUUCUUUGAAACCACCCCCAUCGGAAGAAUCUUGAAUAGAUUUUCUAAUGAUGUUUAUAAGGUGGAUGAAAUUUUAGCCAGAACUUUUGGUAUGUUCUUCAAUAAUGCUACAAGAGUUAUGUUCACUAUAGUUGUCAUUUGUAUCUCCACUUGGCAAUUCAUCUUUGUCAUUAUUCCAUUGGUGUUCUUUUACGUUUAUUAUCAACAGUAUUAUAUGAGUUCAUCCAGGGAAUUGAAGAGAUUGGACUCUGUCACCAGAUCUCCUAUUUAUGCCAACUUCCAAGAGUCUUUAGUGGGUGUUGCAACCAUUAGAGCCUAUGGUAAGGAUGAAAGAUUUAUGCGUUUGAAUGCCCUUAGAGUUGACAAGAACAUGAGAGCCCAAUAUCCUGCUAUCAACUGUAACAGAUGGUUAGCUGUUAGAUUGGAAACUCUUGGUUCCAUUAUUAUUCUUGCUAGUUCUGGUUUGGCCAUCUUGACAUUGAAGUCAGGUCAUGUUUCUGCCGGUAUGGUUGGUUUAUCUGUAUCUUAUGCACUUCUGAUUACCCAAUCAUUGAACUGGAUUGUGAGAAUGACUGUUGAAGUUGAGACCAACAUUGUUUCAGUCGAGAGAAUCUUGGAGUACUCUGAAUUGAAUGUGGAAGCUGCUGAAGUCAUUGAAGACAACAGACCACCCACAUCGUGGCCAUCUGAAGGUGCUAUUACUUUCAGAGACUAUAGUGCCAAGUACAGACCCGAGUUGGAUUUGGUAUUGAAACAUAUUGAUUUGGAUAUCAAGCCCCGUGAGAAGAUUGGUAUUGUUGGGCGGACUGGUGCAGGGAAAUCAUCGAUUACUUUAGGACUUUUCCGGAUUAUAGAGAAGUUUGGUGGUGAUAUAGUUAUUGAUGGCAUUGAAACCAGUUCCAUUGGAUUGGGUGAUUUAAGACAUAAAUUAAGCAUUAUCCCUCAAGAUUCUCAAGUGUUUGAAGGUUCAAUCAGAUCCAAUCUAGACCCCACAGAUGAAUACACUGAUGAGGCUAUUUGGAAGGCCCUUGAAUUGUCACAUCUCAAAUCCCAUGUUGAAACCAUGUACGAGAAUACUGAAGAAAAGGAGUCGUUGAAGAGUCCGUUGGACGUUAGAAUCUCCGAAGGGGGAAGCAACUUGUCUAUUGGUCAACGACAAUUGAUGUGUUUGGGUAGAGUGCUUUUGAAGAUGAAUACUACAAACAUCUUGGUGUUAGAUGAAGCUACUGCUGCAGUUGAUGUGGAAACAGAUAAAAUUUUACAAGAGACCAUCAGAAAGGAAUUCAAGGAGAAAACUAUCAUCACCAUUGCCCACAGAUUGAACACUAUUUUGGAUUCAGAUCGUAUUAUUGUAUUAGAGAAGGGUGAGGUUGCAGAGUUUGAUUCUCCUCAGAACUUGUUGAAGAAUAAAGACUCUUUAUUCUAUUCUUUGGCCAAACAAGGUGGGUUCACCGAUUAA